AUGUUUUAUGGGACUCACUUCAUCAUGUCUCCUCCCACCAAGAGCAAGCUGAAGCGGCAGGGCCAGCUGCUGUCAAGCAUGCUGUCCCGUACUCUGAGCUACAAGUACAGGGACCUGGAUGCCACCUUCUGUAGCCUGGGUGCCAGCGAUGACCCAGCAGAACUCUCCACCCAGCUCUCAGCCCCUGGGGUCUUGAAGGUGUUUGGUGACAGUGUGUGCUCAGGUACUCAUUACAAGAGUGUUCUUGCUACCGGUACCUCCAGUGCCCAGGAGCUGGUGAAGGAGGCCCUCGAACGCUACUCGCUGGACCCCGAGCAUGCCAGCCAGUAUGUGCUGUGUGAUGUGGUGGGCCAGCCUGGGGACUCUGGACAGAGGUGGCAAGCCCAGUGCUUCCGGGUAUUUGGGGACAACGAGAAGCCCCUCCUGAUCCAGGAGUUAUGGAAACCCCGAGAAGGUUUGUCUCGGAGGUUUGAGCUAAGAAAAAGAUCCGACGUGGAAGCACUCACAGCCAAGGAUGUGGACACCACCACAGCAGGGAUAAAUGCCCAGGCCCGGAGGCUGCAACGGAUCCGCGCCAAGGGAACCCCAGCUCUGCUUGCAGAAGCAGUGCCAAGCUCCCCUCCACCCGGGCUGCGCCGCACAGUCAGCGAGACCAGCCUGAGCGCCGCCACCAGCCUACCGGACGCUGCCCCAGUCCCUGAGGAGUCUGGGCCCGACGCCAUGCGCUUCUCCCUGUACCAGUGCCCUCACCUGCUUCUCCUGCAGGGCUACAGCCAGCAGCAUGACAGCUUGGUGUAUGUGCUCAGCCGGGAGCGGCACACUGUGGGCCAGCGCACACCCUCCAGCAAGCCCAGCAUCAGCCUGUCGGCCCCUGACAUCCUGCCCCUGCAUUGCACCAUCCGCCGCCAUCAACCCGCUGACGGAGGCCAGGCCAGGGCCAGGCUGGUCCUGGAGCCCAUUGUGGGUGCCCCCAUCUCCAUCAACUUUUCGGAGGUGGGGCGGGGCCCCGUGGUGCUGCGCCAUGGUGACCUGCUCUCCUUGGGCCUCUACUACUUGCUGCUGUUCAAGGACCCUGAGCAGGCCCAGCCCCUGCCCCCUGGGGCCCUGGCCCGCCUUGGGGCUGUGCCUCAGAGCUGUAGGAUGUGCGGGGCAGCACUGAAGGGGCGGGGGGCCCCCUCCGCACAGGCUGGCCUUCCACGGCGACGGCAGCUGGUCCUGGAGUUUGAGCCUGACCUGGAAGACCUGCUGCUACAGAGAAUCAUGACACUGAUCGAGCCGGGGGGUGACGACCACAAACUGACACCCGCCUUCCUCCUCUGCCUCUGUAUCCAGCACUCAGCCACCCACUUCACGCCAGGCGCAUUCGGACAGCUCCUGCUCAAGAUAGCCAGGCAGAUCCGAGACACCGUGUGGGAGAAAACCAAAGAACUGGCAGAGAAGCAGGCACAACUCCAGGAACCCAUCUCCUGGGCCAGCUGCACCAUGGCUGACCUGGUUCCAGACCUGCAGCACAUUCUUUUCUGGAUGUCUAACUCAGUGGAGCUCCUGUACUUCAUCCAGCAGAAGUGCCCGCUGUACAUGCAGAGCAUGGAGGAUAAACUGGAUGUCACAGGCUCCAAGGAGUCACUGUUCUCGUGUGCGCUGACGGCCAGCGAGGAGGCCAUGGCGGUGCUGGAGGAAGUGGUGCUCUACGCCUUCCAGCAGAGCGUCUACUACCUGUCCAAGUGCCUGUAUGUCUGCCUCCCGGCCCUCCUGGAGUGCCCCCCAUUCCAGACGGAGCGCCGGGAGAGCUGGCGCCCGACACCUGCGCUCCCCGAAGAGCUGCGCCGCGUCGUGUCUGUGUACCAGGCCGCGCUGGACCUCCUGCGGCAGCUGCAGGUGCACCCCGAGGUGGCCUCCCAGAUGCUCGCCUACCUCUUCUUCUUCUCGGGCACGCUGCUCUUCAACCAACUCCUGGACAAGGGCCCUUCCCUGAGUUGCUUCCACUGGCCCCGGGGGGUCCAGGCCUCUGCCCGCCUGCAACAGCUUCUGGAAUGGACGAGGAGCGAGGGCCUCGGGGCGGCCGGGGAGCGCUUCUUCCGGAAGCUUUCCUGCACCCUCCACCUGCUGGCCACGCCCAGCGCCCAGCUCAUCCAGAUGAGCUGGGUCACCCUCCGGGCUGCCUUUCCAGCCCUGAGCCCUGCACAGCUGCACCGGCUGCUGACUCAGUACCAGCUGGCCUCGGCCAUGGGUCCCAUGAGUGCCUGGGAGCCAGGAGCGCAAGACAGCCCCGACGCCUUCCAAUCAGAGGAUGUGCUGGAAUCCUACGAGCACCCCCCGCCCAUCGUCCUGCCCAGCGAGGGCUUCCAGGUGGACUUGGAGUCCGACUGCGUGGACGACGGCAUCUACCAGCACCUGCUCUACGUCCGUCACUUCCUGUGGGGCCUGCGGGGCCCGGGCAGCCCUGGUGCCACGCCCACCCACCCGGGGGCCCUUGAGGUAUGGAGGCAGGAUGAGCCGGGUACAGCCCUCCUUUGUGCAUACCGCACCACUCUCGAGGGGCCGCUGGAGGGCCGGGGCUGCCCUGUGGCAUCCAGGGACGCCAGCAGAGGAGCCCUCGAAGCUGCCCCAGGGCGUGUUCCUGCUGCUGGGCCUCUGGGGGUACAGGGCCCCCCAGUAAGGCAGUCUGGCCACAGGGGCUCCCAAGCCGGCCCUCCACAGCCCGACUCUUCGUGCCUGCUCACACCCCCCAGCACCCCACUAGGCCUGGAGCCUGGAGGCCCCAGCUGGCCAGAGCCCGGUGGUCACUCUGGAAAAAUAGCUCCUGAAGGACAGAGAAAUGGCCCUCGUGGCCCUCCAGCCGCAGUUCUAGAAGGAGAUGCAGCUGAGGCAGCAGAUGAGCCAACCGUGCCCUCCAGCCGCAGUUCCAGCACUGAUGACUUUUGCUACGUGUUCAUGGUGGAGCUGGAGCGAGGCCCAGUGGGGCUGGGCAUGGGCCUGAUUGACGGGAUGCACACACCCCUGGGCGCCCCCGGACUCUACAUUCAGACUCUGCUUCCGGGAAGCCCCGCGGCAUCUGAUGGGCGGCUGUCGCUGGGUGACCGCAUCCUGGAGGUGAACGGCAGCAGCCUGAUGGGGGUUGGCUACAUGAGAGCUGUGGAUCUCAUCCGGCAUGGUGGCAAGAAGAUGCGGUUUCUGGUUGCCAAGUCUGACACAGAAACUGCCAAGAAGAUCCGCUUCCGCACACCCCCCACCUAGGGAGCUGCGUACCCGCUCGCGCCCAUCCUCAGGCGCUCUACCCGCCUGGCACCUGCCACCACCCGCAGCAAGCCCUGUGGCUGGUCUUUGAGUUGUGUGCGUCCUCGAGGACACACCUGUUGAUAGUGUAUAUCCUAGUGUAUAUUUUAUU